AUGGACGCCCACGCCCAUUUGCUUGCCCUCGGUUGGGCGGGACCCGGCCACUCGCUCGAUUCAAAACCGUACAAGCAAAAAGGCCUUCGAGGGCUUGCCUACGACCCAGCAAAAGUUGGCAAUAACGGCACCGGUCGCGUGAAACCACUCUCCAUCUCUCAACGGCAAGGAAGAUUCGGAAUCGGAAAGAAAGCACAUGAGCCUCAGGCAGGCAACGAGUGGUGGCUGAAGGGAUUCGAGAGUGCGCUGGGAAAUAUCGGCAAGAGUGAGAGUGAAAGGAGCAGUGGGAGAUCAACCCCAACCUCAAGAGAAUAUGCCGGAAGACAUGGCGGGCUGUACAGUUUCUUCGUCAAGGGCCAGCAAAUGGAGGGAACGAUCGACAAAGUGGAAAUACCUGCACGGUCGUCAAAGAAACGGAAGAGCAAUGUGCUGGGAGAAGACGCCACGGCAGAUGACACGACCAAGAUUCUCAAAGUGAAGAAGGAUAAGGUCACCUCAGAGUUCGAACAAGCCGGCGUCUUCUUCGCCCUCCGUGACAAAGACGAGAAGCGUCGGUGUGGUACAAUGCGCGCAAGUCCUGUUGCAGAGUUUGAGCAAAUAAGCGAAUACCUCGAAGUGCGGACGCAGCAGCCAAAGAAGAAGAAGCGGAAAUCAGAAAAGGCCGAGAUCGGAGCAGGCACGCCGCUUCUGACAGACCAAGCACGACGAGAGAAGUGCGAGCGUGUUGAGACGAAAGAGGAAAGACGAGAGCGCCGGCGGCGGCGGAUCGAGGAGAAAGAGCAAAAGCGCCAACAAGUCGAGCUGAAGACCGAGCUUGACGCGGAAGAUGCUGCUGCGAAGGCUGCACGAAAGGCGGAGCGCAAGCGGAGGAAGGCUGAGAGGGUUGCAGGACCCUCGAAUUGA